CCGACAUAAUCAAUGAAAUGUAUACAACAGUCGGUGCUCAUUGAUCGUGAAUAAAGUACAGAGUGUGUCUUUAAACAAAAACAAUGGCUGAAAUGUUAGGAUAAUAUAUUAAAGGACCAACUACAGGCCCUGAAAAGGGUUAACAGGGCCGCAGUAUGGCAGACGAAGAGGGAUCGAGCGGGCUGUCGGUGGCCUCAGAUUCUGAGGACGGAUGUGACGUGGAGGAAACUGCGGACGACAAUGCCAGUAUCACGUCAUCGGCGUCCGGUACCAGCAUGCCUCGUCUGCACCACCUCACCGAAGGGCUCGAAAAACUCUGGAUCACAGGGGCACAUUCAGACAUAAAAAUCACGGUGGAAACUCGUGUUUUUAACUGCCAUAAAGCCGUCCUGUUCGCGACGUCACCGUACUUUGACGCCAUGUUUUCCUCAGGUAUGCGCGAGAGCGUCAGCGGCGAGAUCACGUUCAAAGAAAUGGAGGCAGAAACUUUUGAACUUGUAAUGGAGUACAUUUAUACAGGCAAAGAGGUUGUUACACAGUCUAAUGUGAUAAAAUUGUUGAAAGCAUCGUCUUUAUUACAAAUAAAGUCGUUAUGUGAAAAGUGUGAAGUCAUUUUAGAGCCGUACAUUGAUAUUGAAAACUGUAUCGACAUUUGGCGACUGUCGUUAAUUCACAGUUGGGAAAAGGUAAAGGCGCGAGCAAUAAAGAUGGUACAUACACAUUUUGUUGCCUUAGUGAAAACUGACGCCUUCAUGCGUUUAGACGCUUAUGAAAUCAUUCAGAUAAUUAAACACGACAAUCUAGACGUUCCCAACGAAGAGACGGUCCUUGACGCUGUGUUCUCGUGGGCUCGAAGGGGAGACCCGAGUGUUCGAAAACUAAAGAUGGGCCAGAUUGUCGCCAAUAUACGAUUAGCCCACAUAUCCGCAGAGCGUCUGUCGCAGCUGAAAGCCCCGAACUCACCCGUGUUUGAUGACCAGGCGGCACAGCAUUGUGUGGACGAAGCCAUCCAGUACAAGCUGCUUCCGGCUCGUAGACAGGAAGCGAACUCGUCGGUGACCCAUUUACGCCGCUGUAGUCAGUUUGACGAGGUGUUGGUGGUGAUGGGAGGCUGCAUGUCCAUGCAUCCGCCGUAUAAACGUUGUAAUGACGUGCUUGGAUACAGUUUCGCGCAGGAAAAAUGGUUCGUGUUGGAAUCUCUUCCGUUUGACCCGGGUAUCGAAUUUGCUACCUGCACUUAUGCCAAUGACAUUUACCUUACGGGCGGAGGUAGUAAAACGCAAACGUUCCUGAAGUAUCGAUCUGACAAAAACAAAUGGAAAAUCGGCAAGCCGUUAUGCCAGGGCCGGCGCCGCCAUGUGAUGGUUUCACUUACUGACAGUUUGUAUGUGAUCGGCGGGUACGACCAUCGGCUCCCAGAGGGGAACCGGAUGUUGGCAAGCAUUGAGAAGUUCGAUAUGAGCGAAGACACUUGGGAAGAGGUUGCCCAACUUCCUACUCCAGUCAGCUCGUUCUCAUCUGCCGUGUCCGGUGAGAAAAUCCUUCUCUUCGGCGGGGAAAAGAACGAUAAAACCGACACUGGUAUUGUUCAGUGUUUUGACACGCGGACCAAUGAAUGUACUCGGAUUAAUAGUCUCACAAUAAUUUCAAAACUUACCAAAGCAGUGACAUCCGGUCGUAGAAUCUUCAUUAUAUUCUUCAGUGGUAAAAUUGUGGAAUAUAAUCCGUACGCCGGCAGUGGACAAGUUUGUAAUCUCGUCGGAACCGUGAAGUCGUUCCGUCGUAUUCAUUAUGGCGCCGUGCAGUACCGGGGAAGCAUAUUUAUUGUCGGCGGUGAGAAUGAAGACACAUCUCUUACUAGAGAGAUGAUAUUAUUUAAGACAGAGAGCGGGGAAUCCGAAAAGGCGCGUGUGCCUCUUCCAAACGCCCGCUUAAUUGAUAGUUGCGUGAAGAUCGCGAUUAACAGACGCUUCCUGACGGAAGAGAAGACGGACGACGACGACACCGGAAGUAACGCACCUUCCGACCCGGGUGCCGAGGAUAACAACUAGCCCCAAACACCCAGCUUAUAUUUGAUGUUUCAGAUAUGUGUUCCUUUGACUAAAGAACGUCUUUUGACCUGUAACUACUAACAAUUAUCUUGGCCAUAUUUUUGCUUAAGUGCUGUUCAAAUGUGUAUAAAAAUGUUUCUAUUGUAUUUUAUUUUUGAAUGUGAUGAGUCAUAUGCUAAGCUAGUCAUUGAUAUUGACACAGAAAGGUGUAUGAACAGAUCAAUUCACAAACUGCAGUUGGCUGUGUAUCUUAGGGAAGUGUGACGCACUAAAAUGGGUAGUUACUUUUCAUUGAAAUAACCAUUCUAAACAGGGAUGGCAACUAUCACAAAGGCCGGUGUUGGAUCAAAAUACAGUCAUUAAUAUCUGGUUGAAUGUUCAAAUUUCAGAGAAAAUUUAUUUAACAAGGAAGAUCACCAAGUUUGUUAAACUUGAAUGAUCUCUUAAUGUAACCACAUAAUUAAUAAUUUGGUGAUCGUCCAUAUCAGUGCGCAUGUGAAUUUAACGAAAGUGAUCCAGUUUUAUCAGGUUCACCCCUGGUCAGAUAGGUGACAACAUUUAAAAUCUCUGAGAAGUACAUGGUUUAAUUUCGGUCACUGAGAUCAUCAAAUCGUAAAACAAUCGAGGCACAUGAUUAAUGAUUAGGUCAUAGGUAUUAUUUAUGUUAAAAACAUCAUUUUUUAUUCACAUUUGGUGGCAUCAUUGUUAUUUUUUUAAACAAUUCAUUUUGUCACCAUCUUUUUUGCUAUCUUGGUCAUAACGGUUUAAGCCAUUAAACAUUAAUUUUCGAACGGCAAUAUGCAAAUCUGCGCUCUGAUCUUUUGUCAGCAAUCUUUUAUCGUUGAUCGUAGAUAUUUAUGCAAAAAUUUGCUCUUUCCAAGACAAAAAAAAAUUUAAAAUAUGGAAAAACGGUAAAUCUGUGAGAGUGCAGCUUCAAAAUAUACAUUUCAAUUUUGUAUAGAAUAAUUGUGCUAUUCUUCAAGAAUCAAACUUGAUCACAUUCUUUCUCACAUUGUGUCUGUUUUCAAAGCACAUUUGAUUCAUUUUCAGGCAUAAAUUUAAAGACACAUUUUCCAAAUCAUAAAUUCCAUAAUAAUGAGAAAAAACCCCAAUGUAAAUGCGUUUGAAAGUCUUAUGUACAUAUAUUUCUUUGACUACAAAACCGAUACAAAAUUUCUUUCACUAUUGAACAGCAAGAUUGCAUUUAAAAUGGGGCCUUAUUUUGUCCCCAUUGUAAAGUUAAUGUGUUUAGUAUGCAUGAACACUUAAUGUGUCUGUGUUCUAGUCCAGCCACUUAAGAAUACUCAACUCCCAGGGGUGUGAGGAGAAGAUAAUAUGGUAAUGCAUUCAAAAUCACAGUAAAUGCAUCUACUAAAGUUCCUGUAUAUUGAAACCUCCCUUUAACUAAACAAGGGAGCACGCAUCUGCAUGUGCUUUUCAGCUUAAACUUUUGAGCUACAAACAAUAUCGCAGAUGUAGUAGCUAGCUUUAGUUUAUUCCAUAAAUAGCUGGGUUGUAACUUCCUCAUUGCUUUCUUAAGAGAUCAUUAUUUGCUAUGUUUUUCACAAAGCAAUAAAUAAUGUCUCUCCGAUAUUCUUUGUACAAGUUUUUACUUUUGAUGUCAGGUAUGUGAUGAAGCUUAAGGCAAAUAUAUAUUGUUAAAACUU